AUGGACUCUUCAAGUCGCGAUAUAGAUUUGAUGGCAACUGCUUCCGGCACACAAACUAGGUCGCUCAGUGCAGGAGAGGGCCACAACCAAGACUCCUCGAAGGACCUCCUCCCUGGAUGGAAACAGAUUCGGGGGAGGGUCUCUAUGGGCUCCUCUUCUUCCCUUCGCUUUCAAAAAGCGCCAUAUGACGCAGACUCUAGACGCAAGUCUUUGAAGCGCAAGAUGAGAGGGGAAGCAUCGGAGGAAAUUAAAGACCCUACACUGCUCUCGAUUGCUAGGAAUGCUCGUCCACCUGAGGAAGCGGCUUCCGCGAAGGGGAAGGCGUAUCGACGCAUACCUAACGCGAAACUGCGGGCACAUCUCAACUCGUUACAUGAGAAGGCGACUCAGAGCCGGCAAUUGCGCCAGGACUUCAAUGAUUUGCUCAUGGUUGGUGCCGAAGCUGGUGGAAUUGAGGUCGAGGGCGAAAUGGAGAGGACUGCGGAUAUCAUCCAGGAUGAUAUUCUGCAGAGCGUUGGGAUUGAGGCUGCGACGCAGCGGAAGGAGUGGGCAUUGGAUGGCGGACCGCACAUGGCAAUUGGGGGAGAUAUGGACAUCUCGCUUCGUUUAAUUGGAGAGUACCUUCACACACACGAAUACCUGGCUGUCGCCCAAUCUCGCUUGACCUACAUCUACGACCACACAGGAACAGAGAUCCACCGUAUGAAAGAGCUCGCGGAUGUCCACCGUCUCGAAUAUUUACCAUACCAUUGGCUCUUGGUCUCAGUGAGUAAUAAGGGAAUCGUCAGAUGGACCGAUACCACCACGGGGGCGUGUGUUGCCUCACACAGGACAAAGUUGGGCGCAUGCAAGGUCAUGGCACAAAAUGCGCACAAUGCAGUGGUUUACCUUGGACAUCAAAAUGGAACGGUGACUCUUCGCACGCCUAAUCUCCAUGCACCAGCCGUCACUCUCCUUGCUCACCACGGGCCAGUGUCCGCUUUAUCAGUUAAUCCAUCGCAGGGGAGUGAAGGUCAUGAAGGGAAAGUGAAGAUCUGGGAUUGUCGCAACUGGAAAGGGUGUGUGCGAGAGUGGUGGAUGAGGGGUGGGGUGCCGGGGGCAGGCAUUGAACUUGAGUGGUCUCAAAAAGGAUUUUUAGGCGUGGGUGUCGGGCGAGGAGUGAAGAUAUACCGCGAUCCGACAAAAGAAAGUCUAGGCACCCCUGAGUUGUACCUACGGCACCAGGUGCAUCACCAUCCACUUACUUCAAUUCGGUUCUGCCCCUACACAGAUGUCCUGUCAAUUGGUGAACCGCAGUUUGACUCUCGCGAAGCCGAUCCCUUCGAAAACAAGAAGGCCAGGAGAGAGAGAGAAGUACACAUGCUAUUGGAUAAGAUUCCAGCGGACCUUAUCACAGUUUCGGAUGAAUAUGUCGGGACAGUUGUUCCGCACAAGUCCAACUUCGACCCGUCCGAGUACGAGGGCCGUGUGGUGCCCACCGACUCAGAGGAUGAGCCAGACUUUGAUCCUGAGAGUGGAUAUCAGGAGGAUGGUGCACAGGCUCCGAUGCGCCGAAAGAGGGGCUUGAUUAAGCACAAACGGAAGAAGACCAGGAAAGAUGAAACUCGAACGGCUCUGCUGCGUGAAAGGCUUAGAGCGCAGCAAGUAUCCCGGCCAGCAGAGCCUCAGAAGGAAACUGGGCCAAAAGGCUUGCCCGGGAUGGAGGCUCCGCGCACGGGGGCUCUUGCACGAUUCGCGCGAUGA